AUGGAGAUCAGAAGAAGAGAAGAGCUUGAAGACGAUAACGAGAAAUGGGUCCGUGAUUCAUCUGUUGAUCAUAGAGGAAACACUCCUCUAAGAGCUUUUACUGGAGUCUGGAAAGCUUCAUUCUUCAUCAUAGUGUUUGAGUUUGCUGAGAAGCUUUGUGCAUUUGGACUGAGUUCUAACCUGAUCAUUUACCUUACAAAAGUAUUGCAUCAAGAUUUGAAGACUGCAGCCAAGAAUGUGAACUACUGGGGAGGAGUUUCAACUAUGACACCGCUCAUUGGAGGAUUUAUCGCGGAUACUUAUCUCGGGAGAUUCUACAUGGUUCUUCUUUCCUCAGCCAUCUAUCUAGCGGGUUUAUUUCUCCUAUCCAUGUCUCAAUUUAUCCCGAGUCUGAAACCCACCAAAUCUCUCAACCUGCACAAAGUGGUCUUUUAUAUCGCAAUGUUCAUGACCUCGAUCGCUAGCGGAGGCUACAAACCUGGGAUCCAAAGUUUCGGCGCUGACCAAUUUGAUGAAUCUCAUAUCAAUGAGAGAAAGAAGAAGAUGUCUUUUUUCGACUGGUGGAAUUUUGGGUUAUGCAGUGGAAUGUUGCUCGGCGUUACAGUCAUUUCAUAUGUUGAAGAUAAUGUCAGCUGGGGGUUUGGCUAUAGUUUUAUGGCUUUGGUUAUGUUCAUAAGUUUCUCUGUCUUCAUUUUUGGGAGGAAAUAUUAUCGGUAUCAACAUCCAAAGGGUAGUCCCUUAACACCUUUGAUACAGGUUUUAGUUGCUGCAAUGUCAAAGAGACAUCUUGUUCUUCCUUCAGAUGCCAAACAUCUUUAUGAGGUUGCUGAGCCUGCAAAAUGUGACAGGAGACUCCUGUGCCAUACUGAUCGCUUCAGAUUCCUUGAAAAAGCUGCGAUUAUUGAGCAUCAAUAUGACAAUAUUGCGUUUGAAGCAGAGAAAUUAAAUAGAUGGAGAUUAUCCAGUGUAACCCAAGUAGAGGAGAUGAAACUGAUUCUGUCCAUAAUUCCUAUAUGGCUCACUUCCUUAGCAUUCAACAUAUCUUUUGCAGAAACCCCCCUCUUCAUCAAACAAGCAAGCAUUGGGAACACAAAGAUAUCGACGGGCUUCAAUAUCCCCCCAGCUUCAUUAUUCUCCCUCCUCGCAAUCAGCAUGAUCAUCACCAUUAUUUUCUUCGACAAAAUCUUAGAACCCUGCCUAAGGCGAAUCAAAAGAAAAGAUAGAGGAAUUAGUAUACUACAAAGGAUAGGCAUCGGUAUGGUAUUCUCAAUCACAGCUAUGAUUGUGGCUGGCAUUAUCGAGAACGAGAGACUAGAAGAUGGAGCUUUUAUGAGCAUAUUUCGGUUAUUUCCUCAAUUCAUGAUAAUGGGGUUGGCUGAUGGAUUCACCAUAGUAGGAUUGCAAGAGUUUUUCUACGAUCAAGUGCCCGAUAAUAUGAGGAGUUUAGGAAUGGCAUUGUACUUCAGCAAUGUUGGCGUUGCGAACUUUUUGGGGAGCAUGUUGAUUACUUUGGUGGAUAAUGUGACGCGAAGAGGAGGGAAUAAUAGUUGGUUUGCUAAGGAUUUGAAUGGGAGUAGAUUGGAUAAAUUCUAUUGGCUGCUUGCAGGUAUAAAUGCAGUGAAUCUUUGUGUGUAUAUCUUUGUGGCAAGUAGGCAUACCUACAAGAGCGUGAGGGUGAAAGUAAGUAAGGAUGAGACUGUUAGAGUACCAGAAAGAGAGGAUAAUAAUGAUCAUGUGUGAGAGCUGAGCUCUCCCCUAAACGAUGAUGAAUGAA